AUGCCCAUAGAAAGUGGAAGUUGUGCAUCUGCUCGCCAAGCAAAGCAGAAACGUAAAUCGCACAGCCUUUCCAUCCGGAGGACCAACAGUUCCGAGCAGGAGCGGGCAGGACUGCAGAGAGACAUGUUGGAAGGGCAGGAUUCUAAACUACCAUCUGCUGUCCGGAAUACGCUCCUUGAACUUUUUGGACAAAUAGAACGAGAGUUUGAAAACCUCUAUAUUGAAAAUUUGGAAUUACGUAGAGAGAUCGAUACACUGAAUGAGCGCUUAGCAGGGGAAGGACAGACCAUUGAUGGAGCUGAGCUGAGCAAAGGACAGCUGAAAACAAAAGCCAGUCACAGUACCAGUCAGCUUUCUCAGAAAUUGAAGACAACUUACAAGGCAUCUACUAGCAAGAUUGUAUCCAGUUUUAAAACUACAACAUCAAGGGCAAUCUGUCAACUGGUAAAGGAAUAUGUUGGCCACAGGGAUGGUAUUUGGGAUGUCAGUGUCGCGAAAACUCAGCCAGUGGUGUUGGGAACUGCAUCUGCUGAUCACACUGCUUUGCUGUGGAGCAUAGAAACAGGGAAGUGCCUUGUCAAGUAUGUAGGGCAUGUUGGAUCAGUAAAUUCCAUAAAGUUUCAUCCAACUGAACAAGUGGCUCUUACAGCAUCUGGAGACCAGACAGCUCACAUCUGGAGAUACAUUGUACAAUUGCCUGCCCCUCAGCCAACUGCAGAUUGCAGUCAAAUGUCUGGAGAAGAUGAAGUGGAGAUCUCAGAUAAAGAUGAACCUGAUGGAGAUGGAGAUGGUUCUAGUGAUUGUCCCACUGUCAGAGCCCCAUUAACUUCACUCAAAAGCCACCAAGGAGUGGUCAUAGCAGCUGACUGGCUUGUUGGAGGGAAGCAAGCUGUGACAGCAUCAUGGGAUAGGACAGCAAAUCUGUAUGACGUAGAGACUUCUGAACUUGUCCAUUCUCUUACAGGGCACGACCAAGAGCUAACUCACUGUUGUACGCAUCCCACCCAGCGGCUGGUGGUGACAUCAUCUCGUGACACGACCUUCCGCCUGUGGGAUUUCAGAGAUCCUUCUAUCCAUUCUGUGAAUGUCUUUCAGGGCCACACAGACACUGUGACAUCUGCAGUUUUCACUGUGGGAGACAAUGUUGUUUCUGGUAGUGAUGACCGUACUGUAAAAGUUUGGGACUUGAAAAACAUGAGGUCUCCUAUAGCCACAAUCCGCACAGAUUCUGCAGUCAACAGGAUUAACGUCUGUGUUGGUCAGAGAAUCAUCGCCCUGCCCCACGACAACCGGCAGGUCCGGUUGUUCGACAUGUCAGGAGUGCGCCUGGCGCGGCUGCCGCGCAGCAACAGACAGGGCCACAGAAGAAUGGUGUGCUGCUCAGCGUGGUGUGAAGACCACCCCAUCUGUAACCUCUUCACCUGUGGGUUUGAUCGCCAGGCUAUUGGGUGGAACAUCAACAUCCCUGCUUUGUUACAGGAGAAAUGAAAUGCUGGAAGAGUGGCUGCAGUUUUGUGUUGCCAAGGACUUCUUCUCCCCUUGGCAGACCUUCCCAAACAC